AUACAGCAUCAUCCAUCUCUGUGUGCGUGCGUGUAUAUAUAUAUAUAUGUACACAUAAACCCAUAUACAAUAUCUCAAUAUCAAACCAAAGCACAGAAAGAAGUUAAUAACCAGGAGGAAUUAAGAAGAUGAAGGGCGGCGGCAAUGGCGGUGGGGCGACGGUGGCGGUAGCGGUGGCGGUGGGGUUGGUGCUUUUGUCAGAAAUGUUGGGUUUUGGGGCGGCGAUGAGCUGCACGCAAGUCUACAACCGGCUGUAUCCCUGCGAGCCGUUCGUGGUGAAGGGAGGGCCGCCGGCGCCGUCGCCGGCUUGCUGCGCCGGGAUGAGGGCCGUGAAGAAUUUGAUCCCCACCACCAACGACCGCCGCCAGGCUUGCACCUGCCUUAAGCAUCUGGGGAACGAGUUCCGCGACCGCGUCAACUUCGGCGCUGCCGCGCUUCUCCCCAGAAUGUGCGGCGUGGAGUUUGGUUUCCCCAUCUCCAUGGCCACCAUGUGUAACAGGAUUCCUUAAUAAAAUGAAGUCUCAAAACUGAUCAAAGUUAUGAAGAAGGGGAUGAAAAAUAAAUUAGAGGGGGAAGCAAUGGGCAGUUCCAUCUUCUUCCAACUGUAUGCAUGGCUCUCGAGCUGGAGAGAGUUGGGAAUAUAUGUAAUAUAUAUAACAAGUGCAUGCUCGUUGUAAUUAAUGGUAGCUUAUGACAUAUUUCUUAAUUAA